AUGAUGCAACCCCCCGCGGAUCAAGUCGACGACGCCAUGGUCACCGACGCGCACGGCGACGACACACAGUCGACCCAGGCAACGCAGCAAGAGACGCAGCCGUCUUCGCAGCCUGAUAACACCCUCGACGCGCACCUCUGGGGCUACCUCAUCCCAUGCAACUCUCAUCUCCGCCGCAUCGACUUCCAGAAGGUCAAGCCGCUAUAUAAUGUUGGCCGCAACGCGGAUCAAAGGCCAGGCGGAAACGAUAUCAUUCUCCCAGGCAAGAAAAUCAGCAACUACCACUGCAAGAUUGUAUGGGAUGGACAGGAAAAUGUCAAUGCAGCCGUCAAAGUCACGGAUAACUCAAGUAACGGCACUUUUAUCAACAGCAACAAAAUUGGUAAAGGCAGGACGAUGCUCCUAUAUGACGGCAACGAGAUCUCUUUCGGUCCUCCACACUACCGCAAUGCAGAUGGCUCCCUGGAAGACUUUCGCUUUGUGUACAAACAUAUGGCCACGGGUGAGACCCUCACCGGGCUGCAUGCUGCUUACCAGAUGCAUUACGAACUUGGAAAAGGUUCGUUUGCGACCGUCAUGAAAGCCAUGCAUCGCGAGUCUGGCCAAUGGUACGCCGUGAAGGUUCUGCAAUACAACAAGCUACGCUCGGUGCAGGAGCGCGGGAACGCACAAAAUGCCGUAAUGCGAGAAAUCAACAUCUUGGAGAAAUUGGAACACCCCAACAUCUGUCAUAUGAAGGAGGUCUUCUUUGAGCCUAACACAAUCAAUCUUAUACUGGAAUACAUUCCCGGAGGCGAUCUCCUUGAUUAUAUUAUCCAGCGAGAGCGUCUCGAUGAAGCGGAGACCCAGUAUCUCUCGUACCAGAUAUGUGACGCUCUGGCGUAUAUUCACAGCAAGGAUAUCGCCCAUCGUGAUUUGAAGCCCGAAAACGUGCUGCUAACCGGCGAUAUACCGCCUCGCGUGAAAGUCGCUGAUUUCGGGCUUGCGAAGGCCGUUGACCAUAUGACAGUUCUUCGCACUAUGUGCGGGACCCCCUGCUACUUGGCGCCUGAGGUGGUACUACAGAGCAACAAUCAGGGGUAUGAGAAAGUGGUGGACAGCUGGAGCACAGGCGUCAUCAUCUACUCUAUGCUGACAGGUAAUAACGCUUUCAUCGAGAACGAAGGCGAAGAAUUGCACGACCGUGUUCGAAAUCGCCGUGUCGAUUGGCCGUGCUUACGACAGUAUGCAUCUGAAAUGGCUGAGAGCUUCCUGCGACGUCUUCUAGAGUACGAAGCUACGAACCGUAUGACCCCCGCGGCUGCGCGCGAACAUCCAUGGCUUGCGGAGGAAUAUGCUAAGGCGCCCCCCGAGGUCUACCGCGACCGUACCGAGUCUCCAGAACCUGAGCCUGCGCGUCAAGAUGCGUCUAUGGCCUCAUUGCAGCCGGAAGAUGUUGUGAUGGAUGCGGAUGCGGCGCACGGCGAUGCCCGCAUGGAUGAAGAACCCACCGACAAUAUCACAGCGUCGCAGUCUGUCCAGAUUCCGGGUGCAUACCCGCAGAGCCAGCAGCCCGGAAACUCAGGGCUCAAACGCGAGGCCUCGAAGCUGCAGCGACGCGCGGAUGUCAUUCUCGAGAAACAGUUGGAACAGGAGGAAGUUGUGGACAGCGACUCCGAGCCGCAGCAAGCUGACCAGGAGAACCUGAAGCGCAAGGCGUUCGACUUUGAAGGUUCCCUGACCCCGAUGCGCGAGGCCGACUCGGAAGAGGAAGACGAGGUGCCUCCCUUGGACGCUGUGCCAGUUCAUCGUACCCGCAGAGGUCGCCCGGCUUCUAUCAAUGGCGAAGGGCCUGCCGCUCGAGCAAAAAGAAUCAAAGGCAAACAGCUGGCGGAGCCACCUGCGACGCCCCAGGGGGUCCGGAGGUCGACUCGUCUUCACAACAAUGCCCCUACCCCGAAGGUGGCACGGAAGUGA